AUGGAGCAGGUUCAGAAGUUCAAGGUGACCUUUGCUGGUGAUGUAAAAUUUGAGACAGAGAUUGACCGGCGAUUUGCAGUAGCCAGUGGCCUUCUGCAUGAACUAGCCGGAAUCAUCGUGACCAAUGCAGAGCUGGAUUUGAAGACUAAGAUAUCGAUGUUCAAGUCGUGCACCGCGACUGUAAAAUUUCGAUCCAGGGUACAAGCUGCCGAAAUGGGCUCCCUGAGACGAAUCGCUGAGAUCACGGUUCUCGACAAGGUCCGGCGUUCCUAUAUCCAAAAAAGUUUUUGCGUACAGCCGCUUCUUCUUCAGACUGACAAACCACAGCUGUGA